CACCCAUCAACAUUUCAACUUCAUACUGGUGUGGUUUCAGCUCUGGGUUUCAUUAUCCUUCAAAACCCUAAAGCUUUUGGGGUUUUCGCCUUAAAACCCUAGACCUUUUGAAGUUUAAAUUUCAGAAAUUUGAAUAAUUUUACAAUGCCUUGUUUUCCUAAUCCUGGUUCUGUUACCAUUUGUGAAAUCAACCGAGAUUUGAUUACCGCUGAUAAUCUAUCUGAUGAUCGAGCUAAAGACACUUACGGAAAACUUCUCGGAAUGGUGUUCAGUCCGGUGCCGUUUCAGAGUGAUGAACCCGAUCAGCAUGAAACUGAACAGGAAGGGAUAAGACACGGAGAAACAGAGGGUUUUUUGUCAACGUUGCUGGGACUUAAACGCAUUUUUCAUCCCAAUCAUGUGAAUUUGUUACCUGAGGUUGAUCUUCAAGGUGUAAGCUGGCACUCAUAUAAGCAUAUCAUUGCAUUUAUCUCUGGUGCGAAUCAAGUUUUAGUUCGCGAUUAUGAGGAUUCAGAAGGGAAGGAUCCAUGCAUUUUGACCAGUGAGUCUCAAAGAAAUGUUAAAGUUCUUGAGUGGAGGCCGAAUGGGGGGAGGUCUCUCUCUAUAGGAUGCAAGGGUGGAAUUUGCAUAUGGGCUGCUUCUUAUCCAGGGAAUGCAGCAUCUGUGAGAUCUGGGGCUGCUUCAUUCUUGGGAACCCUCUCUAGAGGCUCUGGAACUCGAUGGACUCUAGUUGAUUUUCUCCAAAGUGGGAAUGGAGAACAAAUAACGGGUCUCUCGUGGAGUCCUGAUGGAAGAUGUUUGGCAUCAGCAUCAUAUGAGAGCUCAUCAUUUACCAUAUGGGAUGUUGCUCAAGGGCCAGGGGUACCUAUUCGACGUGGAUUGGCUGGCAUAUCAAUACUUAAGUGGUCCCCAAGAGGAGAUUACUUUUUUUCUGCAAAAUUUGAUGGAACAUUUUAUCUUUGGGAGACUAACACGUGGACGUCUGAACCAUGGUCUUCAAUUAGUGGCUUUGUCACGGGAGCAACAUGGGAUCCUGAGGGACAUAUGAUAUUGCUUGCUUUCUCUGGGUCUUCAACAUUGGGCUCUAUACACUUUGCAUCAAAGCCUCCAUCAUUGGAUGCACAUCUACUACCUGUUGAUUUGCCAGAAAUAAUUUCCUUAACAGGCAGUCAAGGAAUUGAGAAGAUAGCAUGGGAUGCUUCAGGGGAGCGAUUAGCUGUAUCUUAUAAAGGGGGUGAUGAUAUUUACAAGGGUCUGAUUGCAAUAUAUGAUGCUAGAAGGAGUCCUUUGAUUUCCGUAUCACUAAUCGGUUUUAUUAGAGGGCCUGGGGACAAUCCGAAACCACUCGCCUUUUCAUUUCACAAUAAAUUCAAACAGGGACCAUUGCUAUCUGUGUGCUGGAGCAGUGGAUUUUGCUGUACCUAUCCUCUCAUUUUUCGAUCUCAUAUUCUUCCUUAGUCAAGUAAUAAUUUAGCAGCCCAACCAGAGGUGGUGAUGAAGAAGGCAGAUGCAAUCUUGGGACAAGUUGGAACAUGGGACUAUAUGCUUUGAGAGGCAAGCAGGGAAGCUGUGUUAACUUUUGUGGAAACAAAUGGGUGAUGUGAUUAUUUGGUGAAGAAUCCAGGGAGUCUUUUUUAAGAUGUAUUAAUUUUGAUAUGCAAUGUAGAUGCUAUUUUUGAAGAGUUGGUUUCUUGAUAAAUAA